UUUUUUUUCUUCUCCCCUCUGCUUCUAUGUCUUAGCGUAAGCUUGGUGUAGGUGGGUUCUUCUAGGCAACGAGCCUCCGACCGACAGGCCCUGACGUACAUGCUCUUGCCUGUGAGGCCAAGGAAAACAGCCAAGAGAGUGUCGUGAUCCCCAAGCCUGGGUCGCAACAAGUAUGGCCGCGAAUCACGAAUACGCCCCUGAGGUCGCUGUUCAGUCGUACCCAGAGGCUGUCCCGCAGCAGCACCCACAGGUCUACAAUGUGCAGGGGCAGCAACAGGCACAGCAGCAGCCUUACUACGCGCCAGAUGCGAAGCCGACGUACCCACCAACAGUGUCGUCGCCGCCGCCGACAACCACGACCCACAGCCCUUACCAAGCCAGCCAUGCCAACCUAGCCAGCGAGAACGGCAACGGCGGCGUCGGCGGUGGCGAGGAGAAGAGGAGGGGCGGCGGUGGGGCGGACCGGACGGUGUGCGGCUGCACACUGAUCGUAUUCGUGCUAAGCGUCAUCAUCGCCGUCCUGGCCGCGGGCGUCAUCGGCCUGGCCGCGGGGACGGGGAUCGAGGCGAGCAGGGCCAGCGAGGCCAGCGACAGCUACCAGAGGCUGCAGGCGUCCGUGUCGGCGGCCGGCCUCUUGGCGCCCUCGGGCACCGGGUCGGCGCCCGCGGCGGCGUCGGGCACCUCCUGCCCCAGGCCCGAGACCGUCGUCAUCGACAACGGCUGCGCCAGCAACUCUUCCUCCGUCAGCGGGCAGUCGUACACCUCGUUCAAGCUGCUGUCGCUCGCCACGUACACGAUGCAGUGCAACAAGGACGUGAACGGCACCGUCCUUUACUCCUUGUUCGCCCCGGACUUCAACUCGUGCAUGGACUCAUGCUCGGGCUAUACGAAAUAUGCCACAGACUUCUUUGGCACAACAAACGUGAACGCAACCUGUGCCGGUGUCAGCUUCAUUCCACUAUGGACCAACAAAACGAUAGCCUUGGCAGGCGGCGCCCCCGGCAACUGUUACCUUAAAAGGGGCCCUCUGGAAAAGAAGGCGUUCAUAGUCGCCAACGCAGGGACGCCGGUUCAUGGAGCCAUCGUCGAUGGUGGUUCAGGAUGAAAUUUCUUGAGGGAUUGGGUUUAUCUUCCGAACUUGUAAUUUGACUCCAACUUAUUAGUACUGCACGUGCCAAAGCUUGUAGGCCGAUGGAUUGCGUUGCUGGGUUUAAUCGAUGUGUCCC